AUGGAGUCAGGUUUAAUGGGGGGGGGAGCUAGAGUCAGGUGUAAUUGGGAACAUUUUCGAAGGCAGGUAUGUGAUGAACAGAGAACAUCCUAUGAUGAACAGAGAACAUCCUGCGAUGAACAGAGAUCAUCCUAUGAUGAACAGAGAACAUCCUAUGAUGAACAGAGAACAUCCUAUGAUGAACAGAGAACAUCCUAUGAUGAACAGAGAACAUCCUAUGAUGAACUGAGAACAUCCUAUGAUGAACAGAGAACAUCCUAUGAUGAACUGAGAACAUCCUAUGAUGAACAGAGAACAUCCUAUGAUGAACUGAGAACAUCCUAUGAUGAACAGAGAACAUUCUAUGAUGAACGUACCAAUAGAGAGCGUUGUCUUUUCACUGUUAUUAACUAUUAA